GUAGUGUAGUUUUGUAUAGCUCUAGCUGGUGUAAAACUUGAAGAAGAAGAAAAGUGGACGGAAAUAUAAACCUAUAGCUGUACUCGGCAUGGUAGGCUCGCUGGCAUUACGCUUGUUAUUAGUUAAUACCUAAACGUUUCUGUUUGUACAAGAUACGUAGGAGUAUUAGAGACUGCCCGCCUGCUCAUCAAAAAGUAUUCAGUGUUGAUGUAACGGGUUAGGCUGAUGGUUAGAAGUCGGUCCAGGGGUCGUAUUAAGGAACUUACAGAUCGUAUUGAAAGAAACUUACUAACAGAAGCGAUUAUAAAACAUAGGGACUCAGAUUCUGCCAGUGUCCGUCUACAAUGACCAGCACAGUGAUUAUUCUUCUAGUCAUUAUCUUGACCAGUUCGUAUCACGCGAGAUGCAUGGUCACCUACCUGGCUUCUGACAUGCCCAACGUUUGUCCAUACCGAACGGUGGAAUUAGUCCCUGUCAGAACCCCAUGCAUUAAAGCCUACACACGAAUGGUCAAAGUGUGGAAACCCAACUGUGGCUAUACCCGGAACUGGUGUGUGGGUUACGAACCCAGAACGACGUACUAUUCAAGCUACCGGCAAGAGUAUGAAAGACGGUAUCGAACUGAGUACAAAUGCUGUGAUGGAUUUAAACAACUUAAUGGAGAACGUGGCUGUAAUUACCCGACUUUUGAAAUAAUAGAGGCUACGAAGACACCAUAUAUAAAGCUAUUUGACGUCAUAACAAUUGAAGGGAGACAAUUGUAGAAGUAUGUGUAACACUUA